GAUGGCGGCCCAGGCCGCCUCGAGUAUGAGUGAAAUAUCUUCAUCUGCAAACGGUUCUGAUGCAACCAAGCGGCCUGGAACACCGCAGAUAACACCAUCAGAGCUCAGCCGUCCAGCUAAUUUACAAAGAAUUGCCCAGAGGAAAGCGCAAAUAAAGACUUAUCCGAUCAGAAAAAAGCUAGAGAAACUGGGUGUAUAUUCCUCAUGUAAAGCUGAAGAUUCUUGUAAAUGUAAUGGAUGGAAGAAUCCUAACCCACCACCAACACCUACCAGAGUGGAUCUUUCUCAACCUCUCGCAAACCAAACAGACCCAUGUCGUAGCUGUGGCCACACCUUAGGAGCACACAUCUCUCAUUUACAUGACAUUCCAGAAGAUGAGCUUAACCGACUUCUCUGCAUGGUCAUUGAUGUUGAGAACUUAUUUAUGUGCGUACAUAAGGAGGAAGAUGCUGAUACCAAACAAGUUUACUUUUACCUAUUUAAAAUUCUGAGGAAGGGAAUUCUGCAGAUGUCGAAUGUAACAGUGGAAGGCCCUCUUGGUACACCUCCAUUUGAGAAGCCAAGCAUUGGCAAGGCUGUCCUUAACUUUGUGCUAUACAAGUUUGGUCACCUUCCACAAAGGGAGUGGCAGAUAAUGCAUGAUCUAGCUAAGAUGUUUUUACAUUGCUUAAAUCACUGGAAGCUUGAGACACCAACUGUAAAGAAACAGCACUCCCAGGGUGAAGAACUUGCAGCAUAUAAAGCCAAUUACACAAGAUGGCUAUGCUACUGCCAAGUUCCUGUGUUCUGUGACAGUUUAAAGAAAUAUGAUCCCACUGCUGUGUUUGGAAGGACACUAUUAAGAUCAGUGUUCUCAGUCAUGAGAAGACAGCUCUUGGAGAAAUUCAGAGCAGAAAAAGAGAAAAUGCCGCCUGAUAAGAGAACUAUUGUCUUGACUCACUUCCCAAGAUUUCUGUCAAUGUUAGAAGAAGAAGUGUAUGGUGAGAACUCUCCUGUAUGGGAUGAUGACUUCACUGUCCCUCAGUCACUGUCUCUAGGUCCAUCAAGACUUGUUUCUCCUUUGACUCCAUUAACAGAUAAAGGGGAUUCCUUGGUAGCUACAGCUAGCGCUGCAGUUGGCUCAAGUUUAUCUUCAAUGUCAUCCAUGCUUCAACUGUCCAGUUCUACCUCACCAACAGAAGACUUGACUGGGGAGAAGAGGAGUUCUGAGGACGAUGGAACUGCUGAUAAUAGUAUCAAGAGACAAAAGUUGGCAGGAGAUGUGCCUGUUGAAGUUUUAACCCAGAUUGUUGCGACAAUAUCAGAUCCUUCUGCCAUGCUAGGCCCUGAGGGAGGCCUUUAUCCUGGUACCCAUAGCGCACGAGAUGAGGCGGCGCGCUGCGAGGAGAGAAGAGGAGUCAUCGAAUUUCACGUCGUCGGAAACUCAUUCACCAGACAGCCCUCAAGGCAGACACUACUUUGGCUGGUUGGAUUACAAAACGUGUUCUCUUAUCAGUUGCCAAGGAUGCCCAAAGAAUACAUCUCUAGACUUGUGUUUGACCCGAAACACAAGACUUUAGCUCUGGUAAAGGACAACAAACCCAUCGGUGGAAUUUGCUUUCGGAUGUUCCCCACUCAGAAUUUCACAGAAAUCGUGUUCUGUGCCGUCACUUCGAAUGAGCAAGUCAAGGGCUAUGGAACGCAUCUAAUGAACCACCUCAAGGACUAUCACGUCAAACAUUCUGUUCUGAAUUUUCUCACUUACGCCGACGAGUACGCGAUAGGUUACUUCAAAAAACAGGGGUUCAGUAAGGAUAUUAGAAUGCAGAAGUCAUCCUACAUUGGUUAUAUUAAAGACUACGAAGGUGCCACGUUAAUGCAUUGCGCUAUAAAUUCGCGAAUCCAGUACACUGAAUUCUCCACGAUCAUCAGAAAACAAAAAGAGAUCGUGAAACAACUGAUGGAGAAGAAACAAACUGAAAUCCGUAAAGUGUACCCGGGGCUCAAAUGUUUUCAAGAAGGAGUAAGACAAAUCCCCGUAGAGAGUAUACCAGGAAUCCGUGAAACGGGAUGGAAGCCAUCCUUAACGAAGAGUGAGGAUGACACAGCUGAUGCUGACCACCUACAGACUCAACUAAAAAACAUCCUGACACAAGUCAAGAAUCAUGCCAGCUCGUGGCCUUUCCAAAGACCCGUGGAAAUCUCUGAAGCACCCGAUUAUUAUGAUCACAUCAAAUACCCAAUGGAUCUUCGCACGAUGACCGAUAGGUUAAAAAGUGGUUAUUUCAGCUCGAAGAAGCUGUUUAUCGCCGACAUGAUGAGAAUUUUCACAAACUGCCGAACCUAUAAUGCUCCGGAGACUGAGUACUACAAGUGCGCAAAUACUGUGGAGAGAUUUUUCCUCAGUAAAGUUAAAGAACUCAGAAAGACGAACUGAGCUCCAAUGUCACAUCAUCUUUCAACCCCAGAGUUGAUUUUCAAGAAGUGAAACUUUUCCUUUGCUAUCAAAACAAUAUCCAGCAAGCAACCACGCCGAAAGAAUGGUUUUGUAUUAAUUCUCUGUACUAAUUUAAAUCAACGCUUACCAACCGCAAGAAGGGAGCAUUGCCAAAUAGAUCGUAGAAGUUGUAGAUUUUUUUCGGAAACACGCUGUCUCUGAAAGAGCAGUACCUCGUUCCCAGGAUCUCUCUCCUUCUUGCUUCAGAGGACGUGAAAUGAUAUGAAAGGAGAAGGUCGACGAGGUUAAACUUGGACACGAAAAAAAUGGAUGAACGAAUGGAACUUAAAAUGAACAGAAAAAAGAAGAAACCUAGAGUUUAACUUCAAAUUUUAUUCACUGUUUUAAAAAUUAACUACAUCGAUUAAUACAGCCGAAUGUACAUUU